CUCCAGCGCAGUUCGGACACUUCUCUCGUUUGUAACCUCAGCAAUCAAGUGAGUAAAUCCAGCUAGCCAUGAGAUAUUGUCCAUGAGGCGUAUCAGCAAAGUGGGAAAGUCUCAGCCCGGAUCAUGGGAUGGACAGGGGGGGGGGCCUGAGUUAGUGGUUGAUCACUGUGGUGGUGGUGGGUGCGUGUGAGUGUGAGCGAGAGAGAGAGGUUGUGGGUGUGUGUGGGAUUAAGGAGCCCGUACAUCCGUUCUCCGAAUCUGGAAUUACAGUCAUCCCGACUCGGCGGAUGAGCCUUAUGAUGGCCCCGUUAACUGCGACGUUGUCAGUCAGUCAGUCUAACUAGCUGGCCUGGGUCCCGCACAUCCCACAACCCACACACACCCCCAUUAUGGUGGUAACAAAAGUUCGUCAAAGACCCAACGACAUCUACAAAGAGGACAGCAAUCAGCUUGAAGAUCAUUUGCCGAAUAUACCACCUUCUCCUCACUUUUCCCCCAUCGAGAGAGGAAAAAAAAUAAAAGACAACUCUGAUAGCUUUCCACCUACCGACAUACAGACAGCAACAAGACUCAAAACUCAACUUGAUACCCGCUAUUUUUUCUACAGCCACAACCUCUCGAUAAAGAGUCAUAGCGUUGUACCCAACCAACCGGAUCCCGUCUCCCCAAACUGCGCAUAG